AUGACGUUUUUGAGGAGGCUGGAGGCGAACCUGGACUUCUUGCUGGACCCCUUCCCGCUGCCCUCCGCCGCCGGCGGCUCCCCAGCCUCGGCGGCAUCGCCGAGGUCCAGCAGGGUCACCACCCGGGAGCCCGCCCGCAGCCGACGCGGCGUUUCGACAUGGGCAAUCUCCCCGUCGAGCUUGCUGACCACGAACUCGAGGGCUUUGGUCUGCGAGCGGCCGGAGCGCAGCAGGCUGGGCUCGGCUCUCGGUCCCAGACUGCCGCACUUGAGGUCCAGGUGGUACCAUGACAAUCUCACCCGACACGCAGCAGAAGCGCUGCUGCUCUCCAACGGGAAGGAUGGGAGCUAUCUUUUGAGGAAGAGCAAUGAAAGGGAAGAUCUGUACUCCCUCUCUGUAAGGGGUAAAGAUUCUGUGAAACACUUCCAUGUUGAGCACACAGGAACUUCAUUCAAAUUUGGAUUUAAUGAAUUUUCUAGCUUGAAGGAAUUGGUCAUGCAUUUUGCAAACCAGCCUUUAAUUGGAAGUGAAACAGGAACUUUAAUUGUAUUGAAGCAUCCCUACCCACGGCAAGUGGAAGAACCUUCCAUUUAUGAGUCUGUCCGAGUUCACACGGCAAUGCAGACGGGAAGGACAGAAAGUGACCUUGUCCCAAAUGCUCCCUCACUUGGUACCAAAGAAGGAUAUUUGAUAAAACAAGGCAAAAUAGUCAAGAGCUGGAAAACAAGGUGGUUUACACUGCAUAGGAAUGAACUUAAGUACUUCAAAGACCAGACAGCUACGGAACCAAUUCGAGCACUUGACUUAACUGAAUGUUCAGCUGUGCAAUUUGACUAUUCCCAGGAAAGAGUCAAUUGUUUCUGUUUAGUGUUCCCACUAAGGACAUACUACCUGUGUGCAAAAACUGGGAUAGAAGCUGACGAGUGGAUUAAAAUCCUGCGGUGGAAACUGUCACAAAUACGGAAGCAGCUGGAGGAGCGCAACGCCACCCUCCGUUCCUAGCUGUGUGCCAGCACUCCUGCUCCACUGGCAGGAAUUGCCUCUCUCCACCGGGAAGGCAUUGCUUACCAGGGGGCAGUCUCACGUCUCCAGUGCUGUCUGUGCCCCCACACAGAUGUCACCCAGCUCUGCACGCACGGGAUCCGGCAGCUCUGGGUGCUCUGGGGCUGCUGAGUCACGCGUGGGGAUGGUUGCAGAACCAGAGUGUGGGUUCGAUACGUGUGGUGUAUGCCUGUAAUGCACUUAAUUUGAACACCUGCCAUCUAAUCACAGGAGUGGUCACUGUUCAAAACUUCUGGGGUUAUUCGGAGCACUCAUUAAUUUAUUGUAAGCUGCAUUACAACUAAGCAUCAGUAUCAUAUUCUGUAACCUUGAACCUUUUAUUUAAAACAGGUCCUUUCUGGAAACAUUAAAUACCUUUUUAUUGCCUGUUUAGGCUUUAAACUGAAAGAAAAAUGACAGAAUUACAUUUUGUAAAUAGUAUCUAUAUUGCAAUCCAGAGAGUAGUAUUUCAAGGCCCUUUUCAAAGUGACCAAUGUGUGACACUUAGUUCUGGUCAAACACGUUUUUAUAUGGGUUAGCUUUAUACCACAGUGAUGGCUACAAGGGUAUGUUUGUGUCAAACAGCAUCCGUAGGUAACGGUGAGCAGCAUCAUGUAAGCACACUUGUAUACAAACCACGGUUAUGAGAAACAGUAGCUGCUUCCUGGCAGCCAUAGGACACACAUUUAACAGCGUUGUGGCUUACUAGAGAGACAAGAAGUGGGAUCCCAUGAUGUUGGUGCUGUACUCUAAAUAGAUGUUACAUUUUGGAACCAAAGUUUGACACACUGGAGAGGCUCAAGACCAGAUUGACCCAGCUGCAAGAUCCCCUGAGCAAUCCUGUGCCUCCUCAAGGGCUGGGCAAAGAGGGGGGACCCUCUCUCCCUGCACAACAAUCAAAUUUAUGCUGAAACAGCACAUACAAACCUCUCCUGCUAUGCAACACUGCAGUCUAUGUUUGGUAUAGCUCAUACAGAAGGUGUUUUGUAAUUGCCUUUACUGGGAGAAGAGUGCAGAAGAGGAAAGCAAAAGCACAUUGACAGAAGAAAGAAAAUCUAGAUUUGGAUAUAUAAAUAGCAUUUUAUUUCAACUUAGAAAUUCAAAGUAUUUGUAAAUAUUUUUAUACAGACUGUUUUCUGAAUAAAAU